AUGGGUUUGCUGUUGAUAUAUACACAAUGGCAUCCGGCUCUGGACACUUCAUAUUUGUUACAAACUAGUUCACCUGAUUGUCGCAAGUUGUGUCCUUACAUUUCCAGGCUUGAACGAGAUAAGCUUAUAUUUAAUUUAGCAUACUCCAUUCGUCAUUUUCCCGAAUUCAUUUGCCCACAAAACUUCCGUAAUCUAGCCGAUUGGAUUUACGGUUGGCCAAAUCAAUUCUUUGAAAAUAUUGAAACGACAACUAACGAUGGAAAACGCAUAGCUCCUUGUUUACCUCCAGGUAGUAUUAUUUAUGUACGCACUACAGUGAUUAAUGAAUUCUUCAGUCAAAUUUAUCCUUAUUUGAUUCAUAAUUUCGUCUUGAUUACGGGUGAAGACGAUAGAUCGUCGCCAACUGACUUAUCUUAUCUCAAUCGGCCAGAUUCAAAAAUCAUUCACUGGUUUGGUCAAAACGGGCAGAUUGAUGUCAGAACAAAUGCCAAAUUCACACACAUUCCUAUCGGUAUAAACUGCUACGAAAUGGCUGAUUCAAUCAGAAUGGUACAGAAAAAAUCAUAUCGUAGUCACUCAUCUCCUCCGUUGUAUGGUGUUAAAGAUGAACCAUCGCACUAUAUCAAUUUAUUUGAUGUGACAGAACGAGCUCUAUCGACUUCUAGUACCAAUCAAGAUCAUUUAGCCUUAAUCAAUUUCGAUUCUGAUACAGAUGGUACAGGACUUCGUUUACGUAUUUGGCUAGAUUUGUGCAGCCGAGAUAAGCCGAUUCCUUUGAUUGAAUGUAUUGAAAAACCCAGAGGUGUUCAGAUAUCCAAGAUACUACAAAUCUAUAAACGCAAUCGUCAUUAUCCGUUCUGGAUAUCACCACUCGGAAAUGGUAUUGAUUGUCAUCGAACUUGGGAGGCGCUUUACCUCGAUAUCAUACCAAUUGUAUGGAACUCAACAUUGAAUAGUCUCUACGAAAAUUUACCAGUACUUAUUAUUAAUAAUCAUACGGAGUUAACCGAAUCAUUUUUACGUGAUCAAUUACACAGAAUUGCAACAAAAAAAAUAUCAUCGUUAAAUUCAUCUGCAUCUACAGGCUAUUAUUAUGAAAAGCUGCGUAAUGCUUUCUGGAGGCAGAUGAUUUUGAACAAGUCAAGAUAUGCAUCUAAUAAGUUCAAUCUAACAGUUCAACGGCGAUGUUGGCGUGCAAGAAGUAACGUGUUAGAAUGGGCUCGCAAUGGCCCUUUUUUGAAAUAUAUUCAAUAG